AUGUACAUCUUGAUCUCAAAACCUUCGUGCCGUGGAGGGCUCCGAGGAGAGAGAGAGACGGUUAGUUUGUUAGUGAUUUGCAAUUCGGGCACGCGGAUAGAAUCCAGUGGCCAACGCACGGAAGGAUGGAUCCGGUUAGUUUGGUCAUGUUACAUCAACGUGCACCAAGCCAUUCCACGUGAUCUAGGCAAUAAGUGUCGAUGCGAGGCUAGUAAGUCUGCAGUAGCUUGUGUGGAGCUGCCCUCAGGGGGGGCGCAAAGUAAAACCAGAAGAGAGAAAAGACGUGAGAGGCCGGAACUUACCAUGACCAUGGUCGAGAAUUAUGGACCCACAUGGUCACGGUGUUGCGUUGGUGUGUUGCAGAAAGGCCAAGUGUAA